CCCCAAAUGAGUUUAUAGUAUACAUUACAUAUAAAACUGCCCGCUCUUAUUUGUAGUACUUUCCCCGGGCCAUUUUAGAAACACCAAAACAAAAAGUGUAUUUGGAACAAGAUUGGGUUUUGAACAAGAUCAUUAGAUUUCAAAGCCGUAUAAAGUUUUUGUUUCUUGAAUUCCAUGCUCGAUUAGAUUGAUCUUCCAAUUGUCAAAGCAACACAGUUUUGUUGGCAUACGGCGAUUCGAUCAUGUGUGGCUUUUAAUAAUUUCUCAUAUGUGCACGAAGAAUUGAAUCAGUUGGUAGCCUAGGACAGCAGUUGUUAUAUGCAAGUGUUAAAAUGUUUGGAUUCAGCAUAAGAACAAGACAGAAUAAUGCAUCUGCGUCUCCAAGAACAACAGACUCACCAAGGGUCACUGCUGGUUCACCAGCCUCUGCUGGUUCACCAAGACAUAUGGGCACCCCCGGGACCAAAGGCUCCCCUAAACAAGUUGAGGUUGGGGAGAUUGACACAAGUGCCCCUUUUCAAUCGGUCAAAGCUGCUGUUAGUUUAUUUCGUGAAGCCGGUGCUUCCCCUAUGUCACAGCCUGCCACAAUCAAGAAAUCUGCAAAAACUCUUGAAGAGCGAGUUUUGGUGAAGGAAACUCAGCUUCACUUGAUAAUGAAAGAGCUGGACGGGUUGAAAGAGCAGCUUAGAAACACAGAAGCCACAAAACUGCAAGCUCUCCGGGACCUAGAAAAGGCCAAGAGAACGCUCCAUGAUCUCACCAGCAAACUAGAAACCGUCUGCGAGGCAAAGCAGGCUGCCAUCGAGUCAACAGAGGCCGCUAAAGUUAAAGCGAAAGAGCUCGAAAUGCAGAAAUCUAGCAAACCUGCUGCCAUCUCCGGAGACGAUGCCUGGAAACUUCAUGUCGACAGCGAGAGAGAACAGUACAAGGCCUCAGCCGGGGAACUCAACUAUGCCAAACAAGAGCUGGCAAAUCUAAGACAAGACUUUGAUGCGGUUUUGGAAGCUAAACUCUCCGCAUUCCAAGAAGCCGCUGACGCUCACCACUUAACUGCGGUCAACCGGGAGAGGGCGAAUGAGUUUUCGAAAGAGGUCUCUGCUCUGCGAGAAACUUUAGCUCAGGUAAAGCUCGCUCCUCUCCAGGCCCAAGAAGAGAACGCAAAGUUAAACGCAGAGAAAGAAUCCCACCUGCAUAGUCUUAAAAUGGCCAAGGAAGAGGCAGACAGGAAACUGAGCAUCCUGAGAGAAGAAGCAG